AUGGGUCACUCAUCAGAGGUCGAGGUUCCCAUUGAGGGCCCGGUCAGCAAGGAGCACAAUGUCGAAAUGGUUGAAUCGGGCUCAACGAGCUCUCAAGAUAUCGGCUAUGAUGCAAAGGCCACGGCCAAAUUGAUCAGGAAGAUCGAUUGGGUCCUACUUCCCUUCCUUGCAUUACUCUACUUGCUCAGUUUCUUGGAUCGAACAAACAUCGGAAACGCUCGUCUGGCAGGACUCGAAAAAGAGCUUGGGAUGAAGGGGUUGGACUAUAAUAUUGCUCUUGCCAUCUUCUUUCCCUUUUACGUUGCUGUCGAACCGGUCUCAAACUUGAUGCUAAAAAAGACGCGGCCUUCUCUCUGGAUUCCUUCGAUUAUGGUCGCAUGGGGAAUUUGUACCACUCUGAUGGGUUUGGUGCACAAUUUCGGGGGCCUUCUUGCUGCUCGUGCUGCUCUUGGUAUUGCAGAAGGUGGUUUGUUCCCGGGCGUCACCUAUUACAUUACUCUCUGGUACAGACGUCAUGAAUGUGGCUUCCGGAUGGCCAUCUUCUUCUCAGCCGCCACAGCAGCUGGAGCUUUCGGAGGUCUUCUGGCACGGGGCAUUGUCGAGCUGGAUGGUGUCGGUGGGAAGAGUGGAUGGGCUUGGAUCUUUAUCCUUGAAGGAUUAGCUACGUUCUUCAUCGCUAUUUUGGCAUUUUUCGUGAUGCAUGAUUAUCCAUCAACGGCCAAGUUCCUCACUACAGAGGAGAGGAACGAAGUCACCCGUCGUCUUGAACACGAUCGCAGCUCCCUGGCAGAUGAGUUUGACCUCAAGUACUUCUGGCACGCCGUCAAGGACUGGAAGAUCUGGGUCCAUAUGUUCAUCACCAUUGGAAUCUACACUCCUCUUUACUCCUACUCUCUUUUCCUGCCAACCAUCGUCAAAACUCUCGGAUACACCAACAACACUGCUCAGCUGAUGACUGUUCCUCCAUAUAUCGUUGCCUGUUUCUGCACCCUCACCGGUGGCUGGGCAGCCGAUAGACUCAAGACUCGAGGUGUUUUCAUGAUCGGCUUCAGUCUCGUUGCCAUCCUCGGACUGGUUCUACUGCUCGCUUCCCAGAACCCCCAUGUCAAGUACUCCGGAUGUUUCUUCUUUGCCAUGGGAAUCUACCCCAAUGUACCCCAGGGUGUCGCCUGGAACGGCAACAACAUCGGUGGCAGUGUCAAGCGUGGUGUCGGUAUUGCUAUGCACGUCGGCUUUGGUAAUCUCGGUGGUGCCAUCGCAGGUUUCAUCUAUCUAAGCAAAGACUCGCCAAAGUUUAGAAAUGGCCACGCCAUUCUGAUCGGCAUGAUCUCCAUGAGUAUCUGCCUCCAAACCUUCAUGACCCUCUAUCUACGCCGCGAGAACGCCCGCCGCGACCGCGAGUACAAGUCACCAUCUGAGUACUCGGCCCAGGACAGACACGCUGAAAGAGAAAAGGGUGACAAUGCCACCUUCUUCCGCUAUACCUUGUAA